CUGCCUAAAUUAACCACCUCAUAUCUUCACUUAGGUCCUGGAAAGGCUAGUUGGUCACCCAGCGACACAUGGUUCGAAGAAACUGGGAGUGAGUAUUUAUUCUCCCGAGUUGCCUCGGUCUUUGGCAGCCGCCUGCCGCAUCGUAGCGUGCUUGACCAGGAUCCAUCCGGGCCGAGUGCCCGCUGCACUGCUAUCCAUCGUGUCCUACCGGAUCUAGCUGGUAUACGAUCCACAGAGACCUCGGGUGAGAAUGCGCCAAUUUGUGAUGGUCGCCGAAGCAAGGGGCCAGUCGAGUUUGUCAGUAUGCUUAAUCUAUCCAGCAGCCAGCUGAAACUCCUUCUUAGGAUGGUCAGUUCUCUGCUUUUUCAUUAA